UGCAGCUCAGCUUCUUCAGCUGUUUGAUACCGAAAGUCAUCACCAAGUGGAGCAAUCACUACACCAGAUCGAUACAGGGACGCUUUCUUGAGGUACUGAUCUAGAAGAAGCAUUGACCUCUCCUGCAGAUUGAUGUAUGUGAUGGCUUGGGGAUUUUUUCUCCAGGGGCAACCAGUUCUUUUCAUUCUGGCAAAAUCAAACUGGCAACAUACACUUGGAUCGGGUCCACAAGUGUGUGGCACAUCAUAGGAAAAGAACGGCAUGACAUGGCAAAAGAUAUCAUAUUCACCCUCAUCAUCCCAAACCUGUCUCCAGUUGAAUUCCAAAUGUUUCCUCUUGGCCAAUUCCUUCUUCACAGCAUAAUGCACCCUUUGUAUCAGCAUGGCCUUGAAACCAUAUUUCUUGAGCAAAUAGGCCAUUGUGGGUGAGUACCCAAAUGGAUCAAUGCUCCAUCCAUACUUUGGAAUGUGUUUCUCUCCAAUAUUAUUCCUGAUCCAAUUAUGUCCCUCCUCCAUUUGGACUUCCAUAGCAUAGAGCUGUGUGUUGGCUUCAUCUGGCAUCACCCAUCCUCCAGUCACAAAUUCCAGCUGCCCAUUUUCAAACAAUGAUUUUGUUAAUUGUUGCACUUCAGGCAUCUGCUCCCUCCACCACCAUUCAAAGUAGCUGAUUUCUGCCCAGAUAAACUUCCUCUUGCGAUCUUUUGAUAAGGCAUUUACGACCGAAGUCAGAAUGUGUUUUGUCUGUGAUUGGAAGUAAUCAUCAAACGUCUUGAUCCAACCAGGAUCACAGUGUGAAUGCGGUACUACAAAAAUUUUGACGGGAUUUUCUUUUGUUGGUUUGACUGGUUGAACAUCCCACCCUUGCUUCCAAGCCCCACCAUCCGGAUUGUCAAAGGGGAGUGUUGCAUCCAGCUCUCUCAUAUCAAUCAGGGAGGCAUCAUUGUUUGAUGGAGGCAGCUCUAUCUCUGGCUUGGGUGGAAAGAUACGUUUCUUGGAUUCUUUUACAGCGUUGACGAUGCGUCGUAGCUGGCUUCCGUGAUCCAGAUCAGGACCGCUCCCGGUAUGACCUCGAAGAUGCAUGAAGCCUUUGUUCGUUGGAUCGGGUACAAAGGUCAUUCCCAAAAUGCACAAGCAAAAAACGAUUGCCAACGGUAUAAGUAGCAGUUUAAUAGCAGGAGACAUGGACUGUUUCAAGGCUUUCUCGGCCUUGGCGCGCUUCUUGUCUUUUUUCGACUUCUUUCCCUUUUUAUUCUUUCGUGCGCUGUUGCCACUCGAAGGGCUCGCACCACUGCUCGUUGAUAACUUCAUCUUGUUGUUCUACCUAGUUAGUGUUAUUACUAGCUAGUUGCUGGUAGUGUGAUGGACUGUUGUUGCGUUCUUGUCAAUUGUCGCUUUUCUUCUUUCUUCUUUCCUUCCAUGACCGUUGUCCUUCGAAAGCAAGUUGGGUCGGGCUUGGAUCUUUGAUGACGAAUGGCAAGCCGCCUCCCACGAUCCUCUCGGGGUGAGCGUGGCGUGGGAAGGGCUUGGACGGGGUCGCUUUGGAUGCAAUGACAGUCGAGGCGAGUCGAGUCGAGUCCGCAGUCUCCUACGGUACUAGCCACUCACUUCUUAGCUUGUGUCUCCCGGGCAAUGUAUGUCAUACCACAAUUGAGCAUGGGUGUCGUCAUCCUUUUCUUUUUACUAUACUUUUGGAGGGCAUCCUUUUAGGGUCUCUUCUUGUCGUCGUCUGUCUUGCAUUGUGCGACCCUGAAGAAUUCUUCCGCCCCAUUGGUUCGCGGCCUGAAAACGUUGAGAGGAUUGUUGGGGCUUCGCUCAUACUCUUGUAUAUUUUCAUUUGUCUUCAGUUGCUUGGCCAAGGCAAGCUCGGUGUCGUGGCUUGUGCGCUUUUCUGCCUGUUGUGGCUGUCUCUUCCGGUCACCGCCCCCAUCCUUUGUUCUUCAUUUAAAGAUAACCAUGGCGCAUAUAUUGCUCUUUUGGCCGGCGCCUCCCUCAACCUGUACAUUUCAAUGGUGCUACGCGACCCGCAAACUGUGCAAGAAUUGGUCAACAUGAUAUCCGCCUGUGGUUAUGCCUUGGCUGAUCGAGUCGAGUCAAAGGUGCCUUGGCAACAGUUUGGGGAGUUGGCAGUCGCUUGCUGCAUCGUACAAUCCAGAUUGCCUCGGAUUGGGUUGGGAGCGGUUACGGUUUGGCAGUCCAAUCAAUCCAGACUUUCUUCUGCGAUGCGCUGGACGCGGUAAGCCCAAUUGCUGUUACAGGCUACAAGUCUUUCAAUGAAAUAAACAGCGCUGCCCUUGCCCUACCAAAGAGAGCUAUCGCGGGCGUGUGGCAAUCAAAUUGGGCUGUGUACCGUCUUGUGAUUAACGGCACUAUCCAGGGUUUUCUGGCUCUCUCCGGCGGAGUUGGUCUAUCACAAGAUCCUCCUUUCGCUGCCACAAUAAACAUGUAUCUACAACCCAGUUAUCCUUUGUAUCUGCAUCCAUCGGACUCCACCGUUCCAACAACAUCGGACCUCAGGGGCCUGCAACUGCUCGAGUGCGUGGACAGAGUCCAAACUUUGUUACGACAAGGAAACAAUGCAGAUGCAUCCAAUCAACUUGAUGACUGUUCGAAACAAGACUAUCCAAGUCCCAACAUUUUUGAUCUGGUACCACACGAAGACAUUCUAAAGCUACUCGUGAACCCUCAUCAACUAAUACAAGAUGGAAUCAUGGAGUACGCUUGGACAUUCUAUGACAUGGUAAACUCAAAUCUGAAUAAACCAGACUCAAUCAAGCUGGGCGAUACAAGACAUGAAAGGCUGGGCAUUGUAUUGCCGUCCAUCCAGGAUCACACAGUGCGGGAGCCUGCAACCAAUACCCCAUAUGGUCACACGGCCUACAUGAAGUACAUGGUAUGGAAGUUUAUCAAGUCUCUGGGUGUCAAAAAUAUUGCUCUUGCUGGCCUCUACUACGGGGACAUGUAUUCUCCGGAGGAGCAAUUCCUUCAGUUGCUCCAUCGAGAAGAAGGGCGCAGAGGAAUGGAAGGAGGAUUUGUCAUGUGUGGCCCAAGCAAGAAGGACAGGGCCAAGGCAUUGCAACUGAUCCGGGAAUGCGAAGUACCCAACAUAUUUCUAGACACGGCAUUAGUUCCCAACAUCAGGUUUCGCAGAAGCAAGACUAUGUCUGAGAAUAGUAAAGCUACUGGUGAUGACCUCAUGGGAGCUCUCAUGGCUGCAGACAAGGCUCUGGCAGAUGCAGGCUACCCCAUGGCUGCAACGACAGAGGAUGGAGCACCCAUGGGCCAAGUGUACAUCAAUUUUGUAGACCUGAUGGAAUUUGUGAACGUAACAAGCGAACCAGUCCGUGGCAAUGGUGAUGAUCCAAGGGAUUAUAAUAUGCAGUUCCAGGAAAAUGUUACAAAGGUAGAGCAGAUCUUUGAUCGACUCAAGAAAGCCGACUCCAAGGGUGUCGGCCAGCGUCUUACUGGUAUCCUCUAUGAGGAAGGGAAGGGUAGAGCCGACUACAGAGACUAUGCCAAAAUUGCACAAUGGCUACGAAGUCAUUUCCCACCGCAACGAUACACAAUCUUGGUCCACGCCCAUGGCGGCACAGGGACUGAACAUGCUGCAAGCCUGGAGGCUGUGAAUGCUGGAGCUAAUGGCGUAUGGGCUGGAUUCAUCCCACAGGCAGCCCAAAGCGGCCACAACUCAUACUUCCUCUACCUGGACAACUUGAUCACCAACGGCAACGAGCACGUGUGGGGCACAUUUGACCUUCACACGGGAAUUGAACUUGCCAAGGCAAUCUAUUCUCUGAACUUUCUCAGUGUUCAGUAUCCAAAGGAUUGCCCGAUUUGGGGAGAAUAUGUGUUGCGGACUGUGCAUACUGCCUUUAAAAUCACAAACGAGCUUGAAUGGAGGUCCAGAACUGAGGAUAUGUACCAUUGGUGGUCACACGAUGAUAAGCAAGUCCUGGACGAAAUGCGCAGGGAGCUUCAUGCUGUGGAACCCAGAGGUGCCUAUCAGGAAUCCAGUAGAUACAGAAUUGCCCCCCUCGUGUCAGACCCUCUGACCAUUGGAGAGCGGCUCGGGGAAGUUGGGUUUAUCAAGAAAAACGGCCGUACCAUACAAGAAGCCAAGUUACAUUACGGGCGUUCAAUGCAGGAAAUCAUGUUGGCCAUUAUGAAUGCAGGUAUUCGGGCAAAUUUUGAUGCAGAAGAAAUGCUGUCAAGGCUUGCUCAAUGGGUUGAGCUACGAGACCUGAAGGAAAAGGCAAGGCAGCUCCCCCAAGGCGCCAAUGCCACCGGAACAAGUUUCAACAGGGAGCAUCAACGAUGGCAGCAGCGGUGGUCACAGAAAUGGCAGCAAGUUCGCGCCUUCCCAGUUCCAACUCCCAAGUAGGUUUAGCUCAUUGUCAUGCGCUUCCAAAAGUAUUUGCUUUACAAACGUGCUAAGUGUGGCAACGGUGUGCCUAUGGCACCACUGAGCUAUGCUGCUAUUGUCGACCAGUCUUUCGACACCCGUGCACCAAUACCGGUAUAUAAAUACGCAGCACCUGUUGU